CCCAACUCAACCUCAACCACCCCGAAUCGACAAAACAACAAACGAAAAAAAAAAAAAAAGAACGCACGCACGCACGAUGACGGGAGCCAACAAAACCGACCGUAAACAAUCGACGAGUUGGCUAAAGCGACAAGAGGAACGGAAGAAGAUGGAGGCGAUCAAGCUACUAGAACGAGAGAUUAGGGAGAAGGAGGAGGAAGAGAAACGGGCGAAGGUCGAGAAGAUCAUGGCGAGGAAGGCCAAGCUCAAGGAGAAAGAACGGCUCGAACGAUUGAGCCUCAAGCUCUCCCAGAAGAAGCUGUUGAGGAUGAAGAGACGCGAAGGACGGACGAAGAAAAUCGCCGGUUGAAAUUCACACACUAGCUCCUAGUUCCCUUCCCUUCUCAUUAUCCUUCUCGUUCUUCCGCCAACCCUCGUCUUUUGAUUUCGAUUCACUCUAUCCUGGUGCUUCUACAACUUAUAGCCAACUACCUUAAAAACAACUCAAUCCCUUAUGAUCAUUCCUCAGUGAGUCACAGAGACAAACAAACAAAAAAUUGUACACUAUUCUCAUAUCCACAUUCCAAUGCACACAAAGUUGAUUAUUUCUGCAUCUUUAUGAAAAAAAAUCUCAUAGGUUUUGCUGUUAAUAUAUAUCAUCCCCACUGAAAAAAAGAAGAAAAUUACUUGUUUCUUAUUUCCGUCAAGAGAAACGUCGACGAACCUCCUCUAGUCUUAUCCUCUCGAAGUCUUUGAGCUCUGGCAAU